GAGAGCUCAUUUCAAAUUUCUUGUUAAAGAGUACACCUAAGUUCGUAAUUUCAAUGAAGAAAUGUAUAUUUUUGUAGAGUCGAUAUUUGGUACAGUUUCAUACAUAAAUAAAUUAAAAAAAAAAUAUUUCUAAAUAUGGAGAAUCGAAUGGUUAUGUUUCUUAAAAAUAUAUAUUUAACGCAAAUAAAUGUCUAAGAGCAAAUAUCCAAAAACGCAUAGAAAAGACGUCGUUACAACAGGGAAAUUCCCUUAAAUAUUUGUUUUGCGUUAUUCUUGGCUUGUUGGUUAUUCCAAAUUUCACGACUUUAGAAUCCUCCGAGUGUAACGGGUUUAAGUAAAUCAAAAAUUCGCCGUCGACGGCGGCGGUUCUCGACGAUACUUCGUUAAGGAAUGCACCUGGGUACAUUCACGUUGCAGCUGCAGUCGGCUCCCUAUUUGCUCGUUAACACGUUGCGAUGUUGUUUACUAAGUUCCAUCCACGGCGAGUUCGCGGAUGCGAGGGGUUAUUACAUAAAAAGAGGUUGAUAUCUGUAUUGCUAAGAUAAAUAUUCAAUUUUAGGCCUUUGGACUUUUAAAUCUCUGAAUUUUUGAAUUCUUAGAUGCUGGGCGCUUUGAUCCCUACAGUCUGAAUUCUCUUUGAUUCGUGUCAAACGUCUCUGCAUUUUGAUGCAAUAUUGUGAAUUAUUAUUCGUUUAAAUUAUUAUGGUAUUAUUAGAAAUUUGUAUGCCAUUUAUAUCACAUAUAAAUUUCUAGAUUCGUAGGUUUUUCUUGGUUUUUAAGUUUUUUAAUUCUUGAAGUUUAUUAUGUUUUUUUAGCAUUUCAUUAAAGAGAUAUGUCAAAUCAUUAGGUAAAGAAAAACAUAAGCGUUUGAAGCAUUGCUUUAAAUUCCGAUGUUUUUCAAUUCCGGAAUAUUUAUCGUUUCAAGGAAUAAUAAAAUUUAUAAGAUAAUAACGUACAAGUACUAUAAGUCGUUCAUACAAAAUAAAAAUGAAUAAAUAGAAUUUUUUCACAUCCGAUUAAAUCGAGCACUCGUACAUCUUGCUGUGACUCAUACUGAAUAAUUACAAAUAUUAAACAAAUACAAUAAUGGUAUAUUAAUAUGGACAAAGAAUGACCGGCAAAUCCGACUGUACGCUGCAUAGAAUAAAUAAGCGAUAUUGCAAGUUAAGACCGGUUAAACCAGGUCAGUGCUUUCGAUCAUAAACUGCGCACGCGUCCUGUACACCCUUAGCGCCACCCCGUUGAGGACUAGGGACAACCCCAAACAUAAUGCACCCCUUCGGCUCGCAUUAUUCCGAGAUCGCUAGCAACGUCGUCGGGAUGCAAUCUCGCCGAUCGAAGAGUGCAGAUGUAUCCACAGUGCGAAGUACGAAACGAGGCAGAGGCAAAUAUUUGCGAAUAAAUUGUGCAGAAUAAAAGCAUCUCAAAAGUAAAUCGAAUAAAUUAAAGUAAAUUAACGAAAUAAUUUAUCUCCCCCCCGAUAAACGCCGCAAAGUCUUCGAGUGGAAAGUUCAUUGAAAGAUACGUGCGAACCGUUACUGAGUUACGGACCAAGAGACCUUUUAAGAUAUGGGACAGCUGGCGUAACGUAAGAAAAGGACUGGUCGUUAGCAAUUUCGAAGAGUUGAUUAUUCGAGGUAAGGAAAAGCUGGGCGUGCCACAAAACGAGAAUGUCUCACUAGUUUUGGAGUCGGACGGUACGCAAGUCGAGGACGGCGAGUACUUCAAGACAUUAGGAAACAACACGAUCCUGCUCCUGUUGCGGCAUGGUGAACGUUGGUGUCCUACUGGCGUCGACAUCAUACGCGCUGCUUCUUUAGUGUCAUACGCGCUGCUAUGUAAAGGGGAUAUUACAACGAUCAACUUUGGUUGAUGGAAAUCGACAACUUGGUUGAGGAAACUAAUCUCGAGGCAACUGAUAAAAUUGAAACUGAUCAAACUGAAUUACAUGUGGAUCAAACUGAAUCCUUACACACACACAAGCCUUUAAACGAUCAACCAACAAUUUCGGCGAUCCCAAAAAUAGUCUGCGAGACGAUCCACGCGCUGGAGUUGCACGAUGAGACGCCAUCGUGGAAAAUCAUGGACAAUAAAGGCCGAGUCACAGUGGUGCUGCACUGGGACCAGCGCUCGUCGUCGUCGUCGCAGGUGCAGCAACAGCAGUCGAAGGCAGGCCAGGAUGCCCAGACUUCCAAGUACUCGCCGACUAAGAAAGCCGACCUGAGUGGCGCCCAGCGACCGUCCCUGGUGAUCCAAACCAGCUUGGACAAGCUCGGCUAUGACGGCAAGACGACGCACUUGCCCGGCGAAAUCGCCCAGACGCGGUAUACCAGCCCGCGAAUCACUGUGAUAAAUCAUGACGAUAUGCAGCAGCAGCCGAUGCCAUCGCACAUGCCGGGCCGUCUGGUGAAGCAAGGCACGAAUUCGUUCGACAGUACGACCAUCCACAUACAUACACCCGAGUGCUCCAACCACAUCCAUCAACCGGUCGCGCGGAACGGAAGUCCGGUGAAUGGCGCCGAUGGUGGUGCCGUCGGUGAGUGUGACUUCCAUUGCUGCGCCCUGCACGAGGAGGGUCGCAGGAUCGCUGUGCACAAAUCGGUAGCGACGUCACCAAUUCAAGACGCGCAGCAUGCGUAUCAACACCCGCAUCAUCCGCAUCAACAGCAACAACAACAAACGCAGACGCAGACACCAUCGCCACAGCCGCCAUCCUCUCUGUCGGACGGCACCAAACGACCUGGCCUCAGCAAAGGUCACGUUCGUUUUCGUGAUACCGCUGACGAGGAGUCAAACUCGCGUCUGGCAGGUGCCGUUGGCUUCCAUUUACAUCACAAUCAUCAUCAUCAUCAUCAAGAGCACGAUAGCUCCGAAUCCGAGACGGAAAACACAAUAAUGGAGGACGAAAUCGUGACCUCGGAGAAAUUUUUGCUGCUGAUCGAUCAGCUGACGGUCGACCAAAAGCACCAUCUUAGCAUCAAGGACAUUGGCAUCAUAUUGGAGCGACUUAGCUCCAAAAUCCUCGACGUCGAGCGGCUGGAUCGCGAGAGCGAGAGCGAGGAGUGCUACAAUUGGACGAUCAAGGCGAUCAUACGAGGCGAUGUUUUGCGGGAGCUCGGAGUGAUCUACAAUGGGAAUUAUUACGCGAUCUCAGAGCAUCCCGGCUAUAAAGAGGAGUCCGAAGAGAAUAACGAGGAUAACGAGGAGGAGGAGGAGGAUAGACUUUAAUAUGAUGCUGUUUUACUAGAUAGAUAGAUAGAUUAUACACCUAUUUCAGGUUAUUAUUAAAUUAGGACACGUUGUAAACGGAAAUAAGGACGGGGAUAUCACGUGGUAUCUCCAUUGAUUCCGAGGAUUUUUUGAAAAUUGAUUAAACCCGAACUUUCUGUGAUUUUUUCUGAGAAUCUCUCUAACAUUUCCUAGAAUUUUCCUAAGAUCUUUAUGAUCCCUCAAGGAUUCCCAGUGAGCUUGGGUUUUCUUAACAUUUUCUAGGAAUUUUUUAAGAUUAAGAGAUGCAGUAGCGUUGUCUCGUGCCAAAUAUAUGAAAGUUCUACAGAAUUAACCGCUUAAGGUUUGCUGAACUUAGGAUUUUUUAGAUCGAAUCUUUUAGGAUACAUCCUAGAAAGUUUGAAGAUUUCAGAAUUACUUUCUUAGGAUUCUCCGUAAGAUUUUUUAGGAGAUUUCCGAUAUUCUAAUCCUAUAAAAUCUUAGGAUUCUCUGUAAGAUCCUGUGUGCGCUUAGAAUUUAUAAUAUUAAUCUUAUAAGUUUCUAGGAGUCUCUAAAAAUUUUCUAAUUCUACAAAUAUCCAGAAUACGUUUACUUUCAAUUCAGGAUACUUUUUAAAAAAAUAUUUAGUUUUAAUAUUUUUCAAAGAAAGAAAUUUCCAAAUUGUACUGUUUUAGAUUCAUAUUUUUUUAAUUAUAGGGAAUUUAAUUUUUUUGGAUUGUAGUUUAUUCGAUAAUUUGGAUCCUGGAUUCCUUAAAUUAUAGUACCUUAGAUUUUAAAUGUCGCAAGAUAUAUCUUAGACUCUAAAUGCUGUAAUUUUAGGUGCUUAGAUUCCAGGUAUCUUAAAUUGAAUAGACUUUUGAUCCAAACAUCUUAGACGCUAAGUAGACUUUAGACUUUUUAUAAAUAGUAAAUUUAAAGUUCCUUAGAUCCUGAGAGAUCUAAGUUUUUCAAGUCUGAACUUGAAAAGACUUCUUUUUUUUUCAACCCUGACACAUUUUUCUGAUUCUUUCGAGCUUUAUGUUAAACAUUCCUAAAACUGUCGUCUAAUCUCGAAAGAGUUCUGUGAAAAAGAUCCUUAAGAGAUUAUCGAUAGAAGUCUCAAUUAGCGAAACAACAAAGAAGGAAAAAAAUUUUAAUAUUGUUUUAUCAGAAAGGUAAAUAGAGGUAUAAAUUAUAAUUAUAAGAAAUGCCAGUGCCAUUAUUGUUUAGUUUGACUUUUGUACGAGCUUAUGGAUAUUAAUCUUUAAAUUGAGGAAACUUAGAUAAAUGUUUUCAAUUUUUUACGAACCGUUGUGCCAAAUCUUUCCAUUUGUUAUUAUAAUAACUUUGCAUAUCGGUCUAGUAAUGCAAAGAGCAAUCUCGAAAUUCAUAAAAUCCUCGGAUCAAAGAUGAGAUCCACGGAAAAGCGAAAAAUGAGCGACGCGCGACGUGUACGAAUUCGCGUCGCGGAAAAGAACCUAAUUUGAAAGACGACAGAAGGUAGAUUGACGAGAAGCGCAUACAUUUCUUCCGAUUGUGUUUCUUAAUAAGAGAAAAAAGAAGAAAAGACAACAAAGUAAGGGAAGAAGGAGAUCGCGCAACGUAAUGAAAUCAUGUGUAAUAUGAUAUAAUAUACAACUUUAUUAAAAACCUAGUUCUAAAGACGGUUGUUGAAAUAUGUACUUAUUAAAACUAGCAUAUACUUGUAGGAAACAUUUUUUGGGAUUACGGACGUCGAUUCCGUAACCGUCCACAACACUGCCCACUCUAAAGAGAAGAGACAAAGUAAGAAAGAAAGAGAGAGAAAGAGAGAGAGAAAGGGUGAGAGAGAAAGAGAGAGAAUGAGAGUGAGAAAUAGACAGAAAAAGAGGGAGAGGAAAAAGAAUGAACUAAAAGAAUCAUAAAUAUAUAAUGCGUAACAAUCCGACUCGACAAAACUCGGCUAAACUCGAUAAGACAAGUCUCUUUUCUUUUUCUUAUGACGUGUCAUUGGCUAAUCCUUUAUUGCAGAUUUCAAACGUAGUUCUCAUGAUAUUGAUUAAAAUUUACUUUUAAUAUGUAUCGAUUCAAUAAUUAUAAAAUAAUUUGUAGAUUCACGGAUAACAAUUGUUAAAUGUGUUUCAAGCUUUUACUGUAGGUUUUAAUUGCCUUGAGCAAACAGUGAAAUAUUUUAGAACUUAUUAACAGAUAUCGAAAAUAAGAAAAGAUUAUAAUUUGAAAAUAAUUUCAAUAUAAUUAGCAGCGUAGCAAACAUAUUUCUCGUAGCCUUUUUGUAAAAAAAUGUAUAAGUGUUUUUGUAAUAAAGGAUUAAUUUAUAUUUUGAAUAGCCGCGAUCAAAGAUGAAAAUCUCGCGAAGGUGCAAGAUCGAUCGUCGACGUCGGAAACGAUUGAUGAUAAUCGAACGACGGAUGGAUAACACAUGGCGAGCACUUGUAUUAAUCUAUAAAUCGCCAUAGAGAAUGCUCACUAUCGAUAUUAAAUAAAGAUAAAUGUAUCGCGUGGCUGCCUUUAAUUCAUCGAACAUCGCGGAUGACUCACAAACCGCGCGAAGAUCGACGUCAAAGCUAAUGACAAAGCGACGCGAUAACAAUGAAGGUGGUAGAUGAAGUUGUUUGUUUCUCGCCGACGUAAAUUCUUUUUGUAUAUUUGUGAAACAAUGUUCUUGUAGCCUAAGAUCCUUGGAUCCUCGGAUUCUCCGAUCUUCGAUCACUUAGGUACUAGAUUCCUUGGAUCUAAUUUUUUUUAUAUCAUCUGAAUAAUUAACUCAUUUUUUUCUGAUAACCUGAUUAAUCAAUGGAUUUUAAUUUUUUAGAACUUUUUUUUUAAACCUCAGUUUCUCUUAAUCUUUCUAAUAAUAAAAAUUAAUAAACAUUUUUAAACAUAUAAAAUAUUGUGGCUUGCUUAGUUACUGAGUUAUUAAUCUCUCAAUUCUAAAUUUAUGUUGCUACUAAUGCUUUUAAUUCUACUAACUUUUAUAUGCUAUUAAUUCUUUUAGUGGAAUCUAGUACCCAUUUUAUUUAUUUUAGCUCAUUGCAGUUACAAUUCUCGGACUGGAUCCGCGAAUGAAAGUUAUUCAUUCGAAGCGGAGUAUACAGGCAGUAUUGCUCAAAGCUCUCUACUUCUCCUUUAGAAUAUAACAUGAAUGUUUAAUUAUAUUAAUACAUAAUUUCUUUUUGUGAACAAUAAUUAAGAAAAAUACUGCACAUAUUAAAUUUUAACGGGAGAAUUUUGAUAUAUUUUAUUUUCUUUUUGUUUAAAUGUGACAUAAAAAAUGUCAAAGGAAAGUUAUCAUUUUAUAGUUUUAUUACAUACACUCACUACAAAAAUUAAGUUAUAUUUUUAUGAGUGGGAUAGAAGUUAAAAGUUUCGAGCGAUACUUUGAAAAUACAUAUGCUUACAUAUGUACGCGUAUAGAUUACGUGUAACAGUAUUAAACAUAGUCUGAAUCAUUCGGAAUUUACGUUAGCGAAUGUAUUACACGAUUAUAAGUGAUAUAUUGAUACGUGUUGGGGAUACAUUCUAUGUGAAACUUUGCAAUUUUAAUAUAUUUCUAUUGUAAGUAUACUCGAAAAAACUGAGAGAAAGAGAGAGAAAGAGAGAGAGAAAGAGAGAGAGAGAAAGAGAGAGAGAAAGAAAGAGAGAGAGAGAGAGAGAGAGAGAGAGAGAGAGAGAGAGAGAGAGAGACAUGAUAGCACACAACGGGCGUUAUUCGAUAUAGCGUAUAUAAAUAUAUACAUAUAUAUAUAUAUAUAGAUAUAUACAUAUAUUAUAUAUAAUAAUACAGCGCACUGUCGUGGGAAAACCACUUUAUACAUAUAUGUCGUCACGGUUAUGGCCAACUCGAGGAAUCACUCGAAAGUGAAUUUUGGGGAUGAUUAAAAAAAAAAAACAAAAAAAAAAACAAGAAAAGACACCCACGUACAGAGGAAGCAGCUAAGCUCGUCAUUCCGUUGGCGUUAAGAUUUUCCAUGUGUCUUAUCUCAUCUCGUACUUCGUUCGCGAUCAUCUUACCUUCGAGCGGAUCGCAAGAUUGUCGGAAUCUAGGAAUCCAGGUUACCUUGGAUUUUCCGUUUUCGGACGUAGAUCUUUUUAAGAAUCUACGAAUCCUAAAUCGCUGUAAAGUGUAUAAAUUCCUUGGAUCUGAUAUUCCUAGAUCGUUCGACCUCUAUUAUUUGCUUAGAUCAUCGCAUCAUUAACUUUUCGAAUUCUCGAGUCAUCGAAUCUUGAUAGUUUGGUUUUUAACAGUCACGUGAACUUAAGAUAAUCAGAAUAAUGAAGAGAAAGGGGAAGAGCAAAGAAAAAGAAGAAAGGAGAGGGGGGGGGAGAUAGAAACUGAAUAGAACUGUUAAGAUCUGUCGGAAUGAUCGUUUCUUUUUUCAUUUUCAAAGAACAUAUGCUUUGCAAUUGAAAGUUUCUGCUCCCGAGAACUAUUUCACGAUAAAAAAAACCCUCUACAGGUUUCUGGUCUCGUAGUGCCACUUUAAAUAAUAAUGAAUAAUAAUAAUAAUAAAACCAACAAAUAAUAUUAAUAUUUACAAUAAAAUAAUAAUGGUAAAAAGGAAUAAAGUUAUAUUAAUUAUAAUAAUUGUUAUAAGUUGAAACUGUUGUUUCUGGUACAUGCAGAUACUUUACACAUACAUGCACACAUAUACACACACCUUAAACUAAGAACAUGGCCUUCGUCGUUUAUUUAUACGUAGUCUCCUCCUAUGAUCCUUUUUUGCAAAUAGUGCAAUGUCCUGGAGUUAUUUGAACAGAAAUUAACUCGCAUAAUUAUUAAGUAUUUUUUAUUUAAUAACUGCUGAGAUCAUUAUUUAUUUGUAAUUACCACAGAUUUUUUGCAUUUUUAUGCAACAUAAAUUCGCGCGCGAAUCCUUCAACUCUUUUAACAUUUCAGCAAUUUUAAUUUUAUCAUAUCUUCGAAUAUUCUCAUAUCUCUUAAUAAUAUUAAUACUAUUAUUAAUAUUAUUAUUUAAGUAUUUAUUAUUAAGUAAUUUAUAUUAUCUACGACACUUGCGAAUGUUUCCGAUCGUAUGAAACGAUAUUAUUAAUGUUGGAGGCUUUAUUUUAUAAGAGAUUUUUGCGCUAUUAUUCCUAUUUGUGCAAUUUUAUUCGUUAUAUAUCGUUAUAUCAGAUUGAUAUAAUUAUGAUUCUUUCAUCAUAAUAACGCGACUAUUUCACGACCUAUCGAUCGAUCGAUCUGCAGCGAGCAACUGACGAUCACCAUAAGAGAGAGAUCUAGCGUAAGCAACCUCGCAUUAUGAUUACCUCUGUGUAUCUGCAUGACCGCAUUACAAUAACCUUUAACUACUUUUAAAGGAAGGAAGACAUAGUCACUACUCGAUAUAGCAAAAAUGAGAAAUUUUAUACAGGUGUUCCAAAAGCAUGUGCCAAAGAGAAAAAUCGAGAUUGCGCAGCGUAUCGAGAGUAUACUCGAGGCUGGUAUUUUAUCGUCGCGACGACAAUCUUUCCCAGUAUAUGUAUAAAUGUUAACACGCAAUCAUAAUCUCUUAAUCCUUGUUAAGAAUUAUUAAGAAUAUUUAAUACUUCUUUUAAACUUCUAAACUGUUCGGAAUCUGUUUUUCAAAUGUUUUCAUCCUGAGCUUUACGAACUCUUCAAUUUUUAAAAACAUCCAUUUGAAGAAUAAUACCCACGGAUUUUUCUGAAGCCUAUUCUUUGCGUAACCCAGAAGAAAUCUGAAUAAAAAAUAAAUUUCUUUUCACGAACAAAAUACACGUUUUAUGAGAGAAAUUAAUUUUCAAUGUCGCGCGAAACUUUCGGAGCACUUUGUAUAAAUAUUCAUACCGAUCGCGAAGUACAUUAGCAACUCUUGCCGCAUAGCGAUUAGCUCGUAUUAAUAAAUGAAUGAAGUAAUUAAUUAAUUGCGUUAACUUACGAAGGUAAGAUUCGAAACAAUGAAGUAGGGGAGUAAAUCAAAAGACGCGAAUUCCCGCGAGAUUUAUCCAGGACGAGGUACUUAGGAGGAGUCUUCCCUCGCGAGAGGCACGUUGCCCAAUAUUACACGUAUACAGUGUGUCGAGAAAGCAUUCAUAUACAUUAUCAUGGUUUUUUAUUAUCAGUAUUACGUCAUAUUUUUCAUAACGUUUUAUGUUUAAAAAUAUUUUUAUCAUUGUAAUAUGUACUUAUAUUGUGUGGGAUAAAAUUACUUGCGACAUAGGAGUAGAUAUAGUUAAUAUAAUAAGUUUUUAAAUAGUUAUAAGAUACGCACUAAGGAUUCUAGAUCUCUCGUGCUCUUGGAGUUCUUAUAAAAUAUCAAAUAUUUUACACCUUGAGCAAUUCAUUUUUAGAAUGCUUAGAUAAUAAGUUACAUACAUAAAUCUUAAGUUAUUUUUAAUAUUAAAUUAAUUAGAUUCUAGAUUAUUUAAAUUACACACACACAUAAGAGAGUUAUUUAUAUUUAAAUGUAUCUUUGAAAAAUAAGCAACUAUUUGAAAUUUUGUCGAAUCAAGUGUAGAUUUAUAUGAUAUGUAUAUUUGUACAAUUUGACACAUUAUUAUAAGUACAUUAUUACAAUAUAAUUAUAAAAAGUUAUCGCUCUUAAAUAAGAUUAUCUUUUUACCGUGAAAUAUGACGCGAGCGCUUUCUUUGCACACCACGCAUAUAUAUAUAUAUAUAUAUAUAUAUAUAUAUAUAUAUAUAUAUAUAUAUAAAUAAUAUAAACUAUAUAAUAUAAAAACUAAUCAUGAUCUGCAAUCCUACACUGCACUGUCGAAAAGGAAACAUAAAACAAGUAGUGCAAAUUAAGAUUUUUUAAGCAUUAACGACGAGAGAAAAUGGGAGAAUUAAUGUACUGACGAUGACGACUUUUUUAACGUUUUAUCGCGUUACGGAUUAUAAUAUGUGUAUAUAUAUACAUGAAUGCAUAACGUACACAGUACCCUCAGUAUAAAAAAAAGAAGAACACGUAGACCACAUGUGUCUAUGUAUAUACAUAUAUAUACAAUUCAUAUAUACGCGCGUGCGUGGAAAUGUGCGUGUGAUGAGAGUGCAGCAAGGAUGUAAAUAAUAAAGAUCGCAUUAUACGAUUAUCCACUGGGAUCUAUAAUUGCCAAAUGUAUAAGUCACAAUACAUGCAUGUAUAUAUAUAUGUACAUACAUACAUAUAAAUAUAUUUGUAUGUAUGUAUAUAUGUAUAUACAUAUAUAAAUUAUAUAAUAUGAGUUCGAUGCACAAUAGCGACAAUCGCAUUAUCCUGUGCGAUUUUCUGGCGAGCGAGUUUUUGCACCACUUUGUUCGUGAAUUUUCCUACAAAAUGGUGUCUAAACGAAUUUACGAAUAUUACUAAUAAAAACGACAGCUCAAUUUUUUAUUCUUUCUCGCUUCUUUGGAUUCUGGCACAAUUGGAUUAACAGAUCUCUAAAUCCACAGUUGCCUGGAUCCUUCUCUUCGAUCUCUUCAUAUGUAUUUCCUCAAAUCCCAAAUCUCUCCCUCAAAAUUUUAUUUUGUUUUCAAGUAAGCAGAUUAUCGUCAAUAAUCAUCGAUAAAAAAUUCACCAACAAAAAGGCGGUGCAAAAUUGUGAUGAGAGCAUCAUCGACAACAGACAUUUCUCGUUAACCCUUUCUGGGCACGUAUGUCGUGGCGUACGUUCCGAGAUACCCAGAAUACUUUGAUCACGCCUAAUAUGUAAUUCUAUUUUUUUUUUUUUUUUUCAUUUAAAAAUAGCUAAAUCAAGAUUAAAG